CCAGGAUCAAGCUCACAGCAGCACAUGGUACAUAGCCGCUCUCUCUCAGGGGCCAGAGGGCGGUUCCGGCCUAGCGAUUCACAGCAGGUGCAAUGAAUCGAAGAGAGAGAGGUCGUUCAAAGGAAGGCGUACUUGCAUCUAACGCUGUUGGUGCACAAGACAAGCCAGAAGCUGCUCCUCAGCUUCGGGCUCCUCGACAUGGCGGUUGGAAGGGAUCCAAGUCGGCGGGCGGUCGAGAGGCGCAUAUGCUGCGCGGCGAGCCGGGGUACCACUUGGGACUUUUCCGCAUAGGCUACGGCAUUCUCCUCGUCCAGCGCACCCUUGCGUUCAUGAGCAGCGGCGCCGUCGACGCCUCCUUCGUGACGGGGGAGAGCCCCGCGUCGUCCCCGGGAGGAGUGGCUCCCAAGAACGUGAUCAACUUCGGCCACGGCUUCCUGCUGCUCGGCGGGGAGCUGGGGUCCCCGACAGCGGACGCGGUGCGGACGGCGUGUUGGUGCCUGUGCGCCGCAGGUGCCGCCAUCUCCGUGGGGUUCCGGCCGAAUGCGAUGGCGUUCGCCGCGUCGUUGAUGCAGCUUUUCCUGCUGCUGCUGGAGAAGAGCGUGUACACGGACGAGGCGUACCUCUUCGCCCUCAUUGGUCUCCUCCUAUCCUGCACCGACUGCGGAAAGACCCUUGGGCUGGAUGCCCCUGUCCUCGAGGAGGACGGUGCGGCCGGCAACGCCGUCGGUGGUGGCGGACGAGGAAGGGAGACGCGGAGUCAACCGCCUGAUACCGUGCCGCACUGGCAUGUGGUACUGGUCAGGUUUCAGGUGUGCAUCGUGCACAUACACCGGGGGCUCGCGAAGGCUUCCACGCUGGACUGGCUUAUCAGGGGUCAGCCACUCCUGCACACAAUAGAGGCAUUGCCUCCUGCUCACCUGGCGCGAAGGGCGGCUGAGUGGGCGGCAGCAAGCGAGAUCCCAGGGUUGGGUGGGGGUGGCAUGCAGGCGCUCGCGACACGCGCGAACGGCUCCAUGAUAUUCCUCGACCUGUUCUUGGGCUUGUCGCUCUUGGCGUCGCCGCACUACCGGCCGGCCGCCGUCGUCCUCCAGACCGCCGUACACCUCGCCAGCGCAGUCUUCGGCAGGCCCGACGCUCGCGCGUGGCACCUCCUCAUCGUGGCCACGGGAAUUCUCUUCGUCGACCCGGCGGGCCUACAGGGUGCCGUCGAACGCGUGCAGGCUUGGCUGCAGCCGGAGGUUCCACGCGGCACUAGCGCGCGCUAUGCUGCUGCGGCGCGGAGGGGGCGAGGCGGCGGAGCGCGCGGCGUCGGCCGGCGCCAACCUUGCGAGAGUAGAAGUACCGGCAGCGGCACCGAUGGGAGCGGGCGUUCUAGAGCUGGAGGUGAUGGGUCGAGGCACCAGCCAGGACCAUCACCAAUGUCUGGCACCGAUGCAGGGAGUAACGGGCAAAACGGUGCCGGCGUUGCUGCUGCUGUGGGAGACGGCACAGGGUCGAGAAAUAGCGGGGCGGAGGGCGUUGCCCCCCCCCCGAAGAAGAAACUCCCGCUCCAACCCAGGCCGUCCUCGCCUGUCGCGGCGCUGAUAUCCUUGUACGUGCUACUGCAAGUGCUGCUGCCGCUGCGCCACGCCUUGGGCGCUUUCCCCGUGGAAUGGAGUCGCGAGGGGCACGAGUUUUCCUGGCGCGCGGGUGGCGGGGUCGGCGGGCGUGGCGGCGGCGGGGGUCUCGUUCGGGAUGAAUCGCUAGUGAGGGUAAUGCAUCGCCCUCGGGGCAGAGACGGCGGUCAGGGGAUGGGAUCGGCGGCGGCUGGGGUGCAGACCAUACGUCUGUACGGGGCGCCGCUGACGGCCCAGCAGGUGCUCCGCUUGGUGCUCGACCCAGACAUGCUCUUGCAGUUCGCCAAGAAGACGGCCGAGAUCAACGCGGCAGCCGAACAUGGCCAACAGCAGAAAGGGAAACCCCAACUCCCGGCCGCCUCUCACGUUGACGCGUGGAAGUCCAUUAACGGCAGGCCCUUUACGCGCUGGAUCGACCCUUCGGUGGACGUGUGGGACGCGCGUUUCGAGGGGGAAGGGCCUCCGAACGUAGAGUGGCUGCAGUCACCCCCCUUGCAGGCGGAGCUGGAUAGGGCGGCGGGGGUGAUGGAGGCGGUGCGCGUCAAGUGGGCGAUGAAGGACCAGCGGGUCACCUUCUUUGCCGGGUACCCCGGACAGGCGAGCCUCUCCAACAUCUUCCUCGGGGGCUACGACCCCUCGAACUUCAACACCACCGAGCUCUGCGCCGUGCCCGCGCCGCCAAACGUCGAGGCUUCCCGUUCGGGGGAGGGUGGCGGGGUGCUGUUUGGGGUGGCGAUGGGAGAGGUCCACCUCAUGACGGACCCGAAGAAUGGCCAGCCUCAGGCAGAGUCUCGGGUGCUUACUGUCGGGUCGGGGACUGUACUGGCUCCCGUGGGCCAAGGGCACACGGUUCGCCCGGGAGCGUCGUCACCCGUGGCGGGGAAGCGGGCCGGGGGGCUCGCGGUCUGGUACUACGUGCACUCGUGCCCCGAUGGCUUGUUCCACCUUUGCAUCGGGUUUCUGAGCGGCACCGGCUGGGAACAGCUGUACCCCAGCGGCAUGGGGACAAGGAGGGGCUGGACGAUGGAGCACGGGGUGCCCAAGUGAUGGGCGAGCGGGGGGGGAGGGGGGGGGCGGGGAAGAAGGCAGUAGAGCGCGGGGGGGGUGCGUGUGCCCUAUUGGGUGCGGAUUUGCGUGACACCCGUGUGUACGUACUUCAGAGACAAAUCUGUUCUCGGACGUCUAUUGUCGAAAACGAAAAUCAGUUUUGGGGUUGUUGCUCGUUGAGUGCUGAGUAAGUGCAUGGAACUUGGUUGCUUGAUCGGCCUAGAUGCGGUGUUGCCGGUUUGUUCGGGUCGAUCAUGCCCGAACGCUUGAGUUGUAUUUUCUCAACUCGCCGGAUGCACCAACUGGACCCAAAAGCGGAUUAAUCGAACAUGCGUCGGACUUACAUACAUUGGUCUCUGAUGCUUCCGGCAGCUUCAUGGCGUACGGGCUGUUUGCGCACGGAAGUUGGGAGAACGACCAAGCUUUACCGCUGCAACAGUUGAAGGAGAUUUUGGUACAUGAUUGUUUAACGUCAACUCGUCGACCCCGUUGAGCGUUGGUCUUGACGGGCACCACUGGCAACCUACCCGCUGGGAUGCAUGAUCAGUCGUAGCUUUCGGCGAACCGUUGUUCCGAUCUCAUGUUGAACCUUAACCUUCACGUGUACGCAA